AAAGUUGGGCCGGGCCCCUUCUCUCGUUUCCGAAAUUUGUUGCCGGAAUGAAUCUGUGUAUUUCGUGGUGACAAUAUUGGUUUUGCUCCCUUCAUCUUCCAUCCAUCAUAUAGAUACGCCAUGCGAGGCUCCAAUCUCCUGAGAGCCGUUAGCUCUUCCUCCUCGAGUCGCGUCAUCGCCACUGAAGCGGGAUGCCUAGGACGUCCAAACGUUGUGAUGUGCUUAGGACCUUGAAGGAUUUAGGCGCUGUGGACAAGAACUUUCCCCUGACCAAGAUCACUUCCCCGCCGGCUUCCCUCCCUCGUCAUGUCAAACCGUUCAAAGGUUUCCACGUUGAAUUCCCCAGCGGCGGUGAAGCCUUCAAAGCAUUCGACAUUCUAUCCAAGAAUCCCACAUUCUCCUCUCGCUCGGCAGACCUUCAAUUGCUCGAUAGUAAUGCCUCCAUCUACUUUGGACAGAUGAUGACCUCGACUCAGGUAGAGAUUCGUAAAAUCAAUUUGAGAUUAGAUACCUCUUCGCCCACGUUCUAUUUCAACAAGGAAUGGAUGACUAAACCGGGAUGCGAAGGCAGACGAGUCACGAUCACUGGAAUGCCUACUGGUGUGCCUUUCAGAUUCGUCAGGGAUAUCGUCUUGGAUAGAUACUUUGCGCUCGGGACUUCGAGGGAUUUCAAUGACGAUACCAUUGCUCAAAGGGUGGUUAAGAAUCAAAGAGAAUUCGAAGAUCCUAUGGAGGGGGGCUCAGAUGGAGUGCAGCAGGUACCAUCGUGCGUUCCUUUUGUUUUUUGUUGGCCUCUCAUUUGGAAAAUAACCCUGUACAGGUCACUGGUAUGCUCCCGCUUCGUGGUAUCCUUCAAAUCCGUCGAAAGCGCUUCUCGGGCAGCCCGACAGCUCAACAUGACCAGAUACACCAACAGAAGUGGUGCUCGAUACCUUAUCAGAGCCUCUGUGGUAUGGUAAUCGCCAACAACCAACUAUGCAUGAAAGCCAUCGAGCCAGAGAUGAAC